CGCGCCGGUAGCCAGAGGUGCUCGAGCCUUCGACCGGUUCGCAGCUGGGUGGCCGCCGCGCUAGCACCUUCCCGCCCGCACGCCCGUGCAGACAGGCCCGGACGAGAGGGCUUGGCUCGCGCCCAGUGCUCCCGGAGUAAACGGCGCACCGAGUGGCGAUGACCGCCGAGGAGAUGAAGGCGGCCGAGAGCGGGGCGCAGUCGGCGCCGCUGCCCCUCGAGGGGGUAGACAUUAGCCCCAAGCAAGACGAAGGCGUGCUGAAGGUCAUCAAGCGAGAGGGCAUGGGCACAGAGUUGCCCAUGAUUGGGGACCGAGUCUUUGUCCACUACACUGGCUGGCUGUUAGAUGGCACUAAGUUUGACUCCAGUCUGGACCGCAAGGACAAAUUCUCCUUUGACCUGGGCAAAGGGGAGGUCAUUAAGGCUUGGGACAUUGCUGUAGCAACCAUGAAGGUGGGAGAAGUGUGCCACAUCACGUGCAAACCCGAAUAUGCCUACGGUUCAGCAGGCAGCCCUCCAAAAAUCCCCCCCAAUGCCACACUUGUGUUUGAGGUGGAGCUCUUUGAGUUCAGGGGAGAGGACCUGACAGAAGAAGAAGAUGGCGGAAUCAUCCGGAGAAUACGGACUCGGGGUGAAGGCUAUGCCAGGCCCAAUGAGGGCGCUAUCGUGGAGGUUACACUGGAAGGGUACUAUAAAGACCAGAUGUUCGACCGGCGGGAGCUCCGCUUUGAGGUUGGUGAGGGGGAGAGCCUGGACCUGCCUUGUGGGCUGGAGAAAGCCAUUCAGCGCAUGGAAAAAGGAGAACGUUCCAUUGUGUACCUCAAGCCCAGCUAUGCUUUUGGCAGUGUUGGGAAGGAAAAAUUCCAAAUCCCACCAAAUGCUGAGCUGAAAUACGAAGUACACCUCAAGAGUUUCGAGAAGGCCAAGGAGUCUUGGGAGAUGAACUCCGAGGAGAAGCUGGAACAGAGCACCAUAGUGAAAGAGCGGGGCACUGUGUACUUCAAGGAAGGCAAGUACAAGCAAGCUUUACUGCAGUACAAGAAGAUUGUAUCCUGGCUGGAAUAUGAGUCGAGUUUCUCUAAUGAGGACGCACAGAAGGCACAGGCCCUUCGCUUGGCCUCCCACCUCAACUUGGCCAUGUGUCAUCUGAAACUACAGGCCUUCUCGGCUGCCAUCGAAAGCUGUAACAAGGCCCUGGAACUGGACAGCAACAACGAGAAGGGCCUUUUCCGCCGGGGAGAGGCCCACCUGGCGGUGAAUGACUUUGACUUGGCACGGGCUGACUUCCAGAAGGUCCUGCAGCUCUACCCCAGCAACAAAGCCGCCAAGGCCCAGCUGGCUAUCUGCCAGCAGCGGAUCCGCAAGCAGCUCGCUCGGGAGAAGAAGCUCUAUGCCAACAUGUUUGAGAGGCUAGCUGAGGAGGAGAGCAAGGCCAAGGCAGCAGUAGCUGCAGGAAACCAUCAUGCUGACAUGGAGAUGAAGGAUGACCAGAAAAAUGAUGUGGCAGGGAGCCAGCCUCAGGUGGAGACGGAAGCAUAGCCUCUACCCAGCCCUACUCCUGCGGCUGCCUGCCUCCCCUGCUCCCUCCCCUCCUCCACCCUGUUAGUUUUGUAAAAACUGAAGAAUUUUGAGUGAAUUAGACCUUUAUUUUUCUAUCUGGUUAGAUGGUGGCUUUGGGGGAAGGGGGAAAGGAGUAGGCUGGGGGAUCGGUUUAGGUGAUGUCACCCCCUCUUCCCUUCCCCCUUCCCCCAUUACAUGUGAACGAAUGUCCAUCCACACGCACACUCAUCAGAACGUUAAUUUAUUUUGCUGCUUCUGUUUGCUAUGUCCAUUUUUCAAAUGGUAGAAGGGAGUGAGUGGUAGGGAUACUUGCGGGGUCUGAUGUGAAACCAGGGUGGAGAGGGAGACUCCUGGGCAGCCAUUUUCCUUGUCCUUCCCUCCUCCCGGUCUGUUCCCAAACAUGUGGCCUCCAUGUGGGUGCUAGGGGCAUGGGGAAAACCACUGCUGUGCCCGCUACUGCUCUCUGUUCCCGUCCUCGCCCCAGAUGGUAUGGCUGAGAUGUCUUCUGGUGUCCUGAUGACCGCCUCUGCUGCCCCCCCCCCCAAUAUUUCCCUUUGGAUCUGUUUCCCUUCUCAGCCAGGUUGUGUCCCCAACCCCCUCAGCCUUUUCUCUGCACGUUGCUGAAGGUCCAGGCUUGCCUCAAGUUCUGUGCUUGAGCAAUAAAGUGGAAACGAAACCUGAGUGUCAGGCAACCUUUUUCUCUUUGGCCUCAGAGGGUGGGCAUGGUGGCUGUGCAAGUGCAACAACGAUGGAGGAGCAUUCUUUGAGCAUGGAGUGGUGCCCGCAUACGGGGCCUCCUGGGUGCUGCCCAGACCACUGCCACCACCGCCACCCCACUCCCCACUCCACCCCCACCCCCACAGCCUGGUGGGUUUUCAUAGCUCUGCUUUUGUUCCCUAACACUUAGGAAAAUAUAAACAUGUAAAAUACUGGGACCAGUUGUGUGUGUUUUGGUUAGAUUUGUCUACUUCUGCCUAAGUGAUCUAGCAGAAAGCACAGCUUUCUUGGUUUCUCAUCAAGGUAAAAUUCCUGUUAGCCAUCCCUCCAGUUAGACACCUUUUACACAAUUAAGGUGAAGAACAGUAAAGCCAGGGAACAUGCGCUGAGGCCCGCUUUCCAGCUUCCUCCUUGACCUUAAUAGAAAAAAGCUUACGCUUAUGCUUCUAACUAUGCGUUGACCUUUGGCUCCUAUAGCAUUAUGAGGCCCUCCGAGAAGCCAGGGGGCACAAAUCUGUCUUCUCCAGAUGAUCUUGCUUGUAGGCUAGAGCCUCUGUCUAUAGCCUUACCCUCUUCUCUCCAACGUAUGCCGGCCUGCACAAUGGUGGAGGUAGUCUGCCUACCUACAUGCCUAUACAGUUCCUCCCAGAAGAAAUUUCUCCAUGCUUUUCUAUGGAAGAUUCAUUUCUGUGUGAAGAUUUCACCCAAGUCCUACAUCAUGGUUGGUGCCAGAGCCAGAACUAAUAUUUGUUUUAGUCUCCUGAGUGCUCUUGCUGAGUUCACACAGUCCUGUGCCUCUGGGUCUUUUUGACAUUUCAAGAUCUGUCAUGCCCCUAUAGCCAACAACAGUAGCUAACUCACUAAGCACCUAGAACAUAAGCCUAGCAUUAAACCAGGAACCUCGUGUGAAUUAA